AUGGCUUCCGAAGUGAGCCUGGGUUCUCCACAAAAGAUCUCCACGGGAAAGCAAGGCAGGAUUGAGCUCCAGCCGCCCUCCCACACUUGGAUCUCCUGGUGCAUCCUCUUGGCCUACCUUGCUGUUUUUGUUGAGGGCGUCGCCCUCCUGGCGAAUGACCACUACGGCCCCGAGAUUUUACCACGUGUCAGCGCUGCUCAGUUUCACUUAUGCAGCAUUUAUGUGCUUGAGGUAGCGAUCGCCUUGGGCCCUGGCUGGUGUGCGAUGUCACCCGGCUGGACGUCUGGCGAGCUCAUUGCACACCACGUGCCGUACACCUUCACGGUGAUGCUGUGCUUUGCACUGAACCAGCAGCACAAGUGGACUUUGCCGCUCGUGGUGGUCCUUCUGACGCCCUUGAACGAGGGCCUCUUCAUCGCCAACAGCCUGGGAGCUCCAGGCUGGGUUGCCAAAGCCCGCCCCUCAGAUGUGGGAAGCGGAUCCGGAACCAUUGCUCUGAUUGGACACUCUACAAACACUAUAUGCAAUUCUGAGGCAUGCAUACAUCGUCGUGCUACAGUAGCAGAAAGCACAAGCCUCCUCCGUUUCUAUUGGAUUUUAUUGCAGCAGUUUCCGUGUUUUUUUUGUGGGGGCAAGUCCUCCGGUCACCCGCGAAUCCACAAGGAGCCACAUCACGGACCUCUUUCGCUCUACCUUCCCGAGUUUAAAGCAUGGCUGCGGCUCUUGAAUAUGUGA